AUGGGCGGUAAUGCUCAGUGUAACCUUAACAACAAGAAUUUAGGGUUCCCCUCGCCUCCCCUCCCCUCUACUGGUUCACGAGGAAAGGGAAUUUUGAAGCUUGAACGGGAUAAUGCGAGGCAUCCACAAAAAAUCGAGCACGUUGCAUCUCCAUAUCACGCGCUGGGCUGUGGUGGGAUGUUCAAAGCCAACAGAAGCCUACCUUUGCCCGGGCUGAAUGGUGUGGACGUUUACCGCUGUGGUAGGAGUCCAACAUCCGAUUGUAGCGAAACAGGCGGAUUGGGCUCCCAUAAUUCGAAAACCAAUACCAUUAUCGAGAUCAACCUCAGGGUUGAUAGCCCCACGGGGAAUACCAAACAUACCCUUGCAAAUGGAGACCCCCUGUGCUACACUCCGAACAAUGACAAGAUGGAUAUCCUCUAUAUUCAAACCUGGAAAUCUGCGGUUUCCAAUAACAUGAAAAUAUGCAUAUGUUGCUUAUUCCAACUCUUAUUGGUGGAGGUGGGGGUUCCGGUAUUGGUGAUACUGCUACAACGGGGUCACUAUGGAACUCUUACGGAGUCGUCGGGCCCCCUGGCUUUAAGGCAACCUCAUGUCCCUUCUUAUCGACCAAGUGGAGCCCUCAAGACGCAUGCUUCUUCGAAUUCUGCUUAG